CAACCGCGGAUUCUAACGCCAGCAGUGAUGGAGAUGCCAUCAAGGUGUUUGUGCGGGUUCGGCCCCUGACUCAAGGCUCUGGGUUAACAACAGACGGCGAUCGCAGUCUGUGUCUGACUGUGACCUCACCACACACCGUCAGACUGCACUGCAAACCAGAGCCUCGGACCUUCACAUACGACCAUGUCGCUGACAUGGACACAAGCCAGGAGGAGGUUUUCUCCAGUGUGGCUAAAAACAUUGUGGAGUCGUGCAUGAAUGGAUACAACGGGACCAUUUUUGCCUAUGGACAGACGGGCUCAGGAAAGACCUUCACCAUGCUGGGUAAGUCAUGA